CUCCUCCCUGUCCCGGGGUUUCUCUUGCCCAAGUCAUCUAGAGGAAUAGAAGAUUUCACUAGGUUCGGACGUACACGCGAGUUGUGUGGCUGGGGUUGAGGACCUCCGAGAACAGAGGCUGUGGCUGCGCCUGCGCGUGUUAAGCUUUACCUUCCCUGUUACCAUGUUAGGCCCCCUGCAGGGCCAAGUAUGUGUGGUGACCGGGGCAUCCAGAGGCAUUGGCCAUGGCAUCGCUUUGCAACUCUGCGAGGCAGGAGCCACUGUCUACAUCACUGGCCGAAAACAGGACACCCUGCGGGCUGCUGCUCUGGAGGCAGAAUCCCGAGGAGGUCGAUGUGUGCCUGUGGUAUGUGACUCAAGCCAGGAAGAUGAGGUCCGGAGGCUGUUUGAAAAGGUGGAUAGAGAACAAGAUGGGAGAUUGGAUAUACUAGUCAACAAUGCCUAUGCUGGAGUCCAGACCAUCGUUUCCCAUGUGAAGAAGCCAUUCUGGGAAUGCCCAGCCUCUAUGUGGGAUGAUAUCAAUAAUGUAGGACUCCGAGGUCACUAUUUGUGUUCGGUGUAUGGAGCCCGGUUAAUGGUGCCUGCUGGUCGAGGGCUCAUCGUGGUCAUCUCCUCAAUUGGUGGGCUGCAGUAUUUCUUCAAUGUACCCUACGGUGUGGGCAAAGCAGCGUGUGAUAGGUUGGCUACAGAUUGUGCCCAUGAACUACGACCCCACGGUAUUGCCUAUGUGUCUCUUUGGCCAGGGUUGGUGAAGACAGAGCUAUUGACAGAGCAUAUGAAUGAGGGAAAUGAUGCCUUGGCCGAUAAGCUGAAAGAACGCUUUCCAGAAGGGGAGACGCCAGAAUUGAGUGGCAAAUGUGUGGUAGCCCUUGCAACAGAUCCCAAAAUCCUAAACCUAAGUGGUCGGGUUCUGCCAUCCUGUGAUCUGGCUCGAAGAUAUGGCUUUAAGGAUGUGGAUGGCCGUCCUGUCUCUGACUAUCUGUCUCUGAGAUCAGCAUUUUCUGAGGUUCCCAGACUGGCCUGGCUGGCCUCCUACAUGCCCAGCUUCCUCCGAGUGCCCAAGUGGAUUAUGACCCUCUAUUCCAGUAAAUUCUAAUCUUAUCAGCCAGCCAUGAUGAAGGAGCAGAAACACAACUGCUUUCUACUUCUCUGUCCCAAUCAUGGGCCAUGGAUCAAGGAGUGAUUUGACUUGUUUGGAUAAGGAAAGUGAAUAUUUCUCAUAUACCUAGACUCUUGAACAAUCCCUGCCUUUAAGGGAAGACUUCAACUGGGCCCUUCACUUUAUCACUUAUUCCUCCCAUGCACAGCCAGAGGGAUUCCUGAUGAAAAGAGCAUUUGGGAUAUAAACCAAAUUCAGGCCUUAUCCAAAUCACUGACUAGCUUUGUGAUUCUUGGGAGCUCUAGUACUACUUGUGCUUUUGCCUUGAUUUCUUUUUCUUGUUCCUGUACCUUGUUUUAACUUUUAAUGGAAAAGACCCCUAGAGUAAUAAAGUACUCAUUCAGUUACUAA